AUGGCGUCCAGACCGGAGAUGCGAGAGGAGGAUGAGACGGGCUUCUGCAAGUUCUUCCGCAACCUGCCCGAGAAGAAUGAGGAUACGAUUCGCAUAUUCGACCGCAAAGAAUACUACAGUGCACACGGCGAAGAUGCGGUCUUCAUAGCAAACACAGUUUACAAGACAACCGCCGUCAUACGAAAGCUGGGACGAGACCCGGGCCUGGACUCCGUGACGAUGACAAACAUGGUCUACCGCAACUUCCUACGAGACGCCCUCUUCAGACUCAGCAAGCGGAUAGAGAUAUGGCAGUCGCCCGGCCAGCGGAUGGACUGGAAGAUGGCGAAACAGGCAUCUCCAGGCAACUUACAAGAUCUCGAGGAGGAGCUGGGCGGUCAGAUUGAGAAUGCGCCCAUAAUACUGGCGGUGAAAGUUACUGCGAAGGCGUCCGAGGCACGCAGCGUGGGUGUCUGCUUCGCGGAUGCCAGCGUACGGGAGCUAGGUGUCACCGAAUUCCUGGACAAUGACCUCUACUCCAACUUCGAAUCGCUACUCAUUCAGCUCGGCGUCAAAGAAUGCUUGAUACAAUUAGAUGCAUCAAAGAAGGACAUCGAGCUGAACAAGCUCCGGACCAUCGCAGACAACUGUGGAUGUGCUGUAGCAGAGCGGAGUGCGACGGACUUUGGCACAAAGGACAUCGAGCAGGACCUGCCACGAUUACUCAAAGACGAAGCUGGCACACUACCUCAGAUGGAUCUAAAGCUUGCUAUGGGCGCAGCUUCUUGUCUGAUUCGAUACCUCGGCCUCAUGUCCGACUCAUCGAACUUUGGGCAGUACCAGCUCUACCAGCAUGAUCUCUCACAAUACAUGAAGCUAGAUGCGGCGGCUUUGAAGGCGCUGAACCUCAUGCCUGGACCGAGAGACGGUGCCAAGAACAUGAGCUUGUACGGACUGCUGAACCAUUGCAAGACACCAACCGGCAGCCGACUGCUUGCACAAUGGCUGAAGCAGCCGCUGAUGAACGUGGCAGAAAUUGAGCGGCGGCAGCAGCUAGUCGAAGCCUUCGUCAACGAUACUGAGCUGAGGCAGACCAUGCAAGAAGAACAUCUGCGCUCCAUACCGGAUCUUUACCGCCUCUCUAAGAAAUUCCAGCGCAAGGUCGCAAAUCUGGAGGAUGUCGUUCGCGCAUACCAAGUCAUCAUCCGAUUACCUGGCUUCCUCAGCUCGCUUGAGUCAGUUAUGGACGAGAAGUACAAGGAUCCACUUGAUGCUGAAUACACCGACAAGCUGCGGCAAUUCUCAGCCGCGUUCGGGGGCCUGCAGGAAAUGGUCGAGACAACCGUCGACCUGGACGCACUUGAUAAUCACGAGUUCAUCAUCAAGCCCGAGUUCGACGAGGCAUUGCGAACGAUCCGGAAGCGCCUAGAUAAGCUCAAGCGCGACAUGGAGUCUGAGCAUGCACGCGUUGGUGACGACCUCAACCAGGACACAGAGAAGAAACUCUUCCUAGAGAACCACAAAGUACACGGAUGGUGCUUCAGGCUUACGCGCAAUGAGUCUGGCGCUAUCAGGCAGAAGAAGCAGUACCAGGAGAUUCAAACGCAGAAGAACGGCGUCUACUUUACGACAUCGACAUUGCAGGAUAAGCGAAGAGAGUUUGACCAGAUGUCCGAGAACUACAAUCGCACGCAGUCCGGUUUGGUCAACGAAGUGGUCUCGGUCGCAUCGUCGUACGUGCCGGUAGUAGAGAAGCUGGCGGCGGUACUCGCACAUCUUGAUGUUAUUGUUGCUUUCGCACACGUCUCAGUCCACGCGCCAACCUCGUACACUCGCCCAAAGAUGCACGCUCGAGGCACUGGCAACACUAUUCUGAAGGAAGCACGUCAUCCGUGCAUGGAGCAGCAAGACGACAUCUCGUUUAUAACCAAUGACAUUAGCUUGAAACGCGGCGAGAGCGAGUUCCUCAUCAUCACAGGUCCCAACAUGGGUGGAAAGUCGACCUUCAUUCGCCAGACGGGUGUCAUCGCUCUUAUGGCGCAAAUUGGCUGCUUUGUCCCUGCAGCAGAAGCAGAGCUGACCAUCUUCGACUGCAUCCUUGCGCGAGUCGGCGCCAGCGAUAGCUCAAUCAAGGGUGUGUCAACAUUCAUGGCAGAGAUGCUUGAGACGGCCAACAUCCUCAAGUCCGCCACCAAAGAGUCGCUCAUCAUCAUUGACGAACUUGGUCGCGGCACCAGCACCUACGAUGGUUUCGGUCUUGCCUGGGCUAUUUCGGAGUACAUUGUAAAAGAGAUCGGCGCCUUCGCACUCUUUGCGACGCACUUCCACGAGUUGACUGCGCUCUCGAACACCUACCCACAAGUCGAGAAUCUUCACGUCGUUGCGCACAUCUCCGAAGGCACUGAAGAAACUGACAGCGGCGUGCAAAAGAAGCGCGAAGUCACUCUCCUCUACAAAGUCGAGCCUGGCUUCUCGGACCAGUCAUUCGGCAUUCACGUCGCCGAGCUCGUCCGCUUCCCACAGAAAGUCAUUAAUAUGGCGAAGCGCAAGGCCGAUGAGCUUGAAGACUUUUCGGGUAAGCAUGAGGAUAAUUUCGAGCAAGCCAGCAAGGAGGAGGUCGAGGAGGGAAGCAAGAUGUUGAAAGAGAUGCUGGCGAAAUGGAAAGAGGAAGUCGAAGGAAAGGGCUUGACGAAGAAACAGCAAGUGGAGAGGAUGAAGGAACUUGUCCACGAAAACGAGGCGCUUCAGGCCAACGGGUUCUUCAAGGGCAUACAAGCGUUCGAUACCACAAUUGUACUUAUUCAACGCGAUGGCGUUUCAAUCAUGGUCUUGAAAGCAGCUAACAUGAUCCAGGCCAAGCUCAAAGUCCAGCUGAAAUUGAGCAUAUCGCGGUUACGCAUGGUGCAGCAGAAGGAUAGCGCAAAGUCGAAGCAGGCGAGGAGAGAAAUGGCACAGCUUCUUGAGGUACGUGGCAUUCAUGCUGAUGCGCGUGAACAGGCAGCUAACAGAUGUCAGGUCGGCAAGCUCCAAUCCGCACGGAUACGCGUCGAGAACAUCAUACGAUCAGACAUCACAACCGAACUCCACGAGAUCCUCGAACUAUACUGCGAACUCCUACUCGCGCGCUCGCAGCUGCUCGAAUCAAGUACCACAACAGGCGCAAUACCACUCGAUCCCGCGCUCGAAGAAGCCGUCCGCAGCAUCAUCUACGCCGCACCCCGCACCGAAGUCAAAGAACUGCACACGGUGCGCGCCCUGCUCGUCGAGAAGUUCGGCAAGGAUGUAGCCCUCGCGAGCAUGGAAGGCGAAGGCGUCGCCGAGCGCGUCGUCAAGAAACUGCGCGUCGAAACACCCAGCGAAGAACUCGUCGACGCGUACUUGUCUGAAAUCGCGCGCUUCUAUGGCGUCCCGUUCGGCGCAUCGACGUCCGCCACACAAGAAGAUGAAGACGACGAUGAUGAGCCGAGCUCUGGCGUGCCGGUGCUCGCGGACGACGACGGCAAGGAGGAGGAAUUGGUCAAGGCGACGCCGCCGAAAGCUGUGGGCCCCCAGAGCCCGUUGAGAGUGGUGCCGCCGAGUCCGAGCACGGAUAACGUGGCGCCGAAACUCAAGUUGCCGGGGAAGGCGGAGAAGGUGGCGAAGGAGCCGAAGAAGAGGGAAGAUGGGCUGGGGAAGAUUCCGGAUGUGGAUGAGUUGGCGAAGAGGUUUGCGCAGCUAAAGCGAUGA